AUGGGUGAAAACGAGGAAGUACAAAUAUCAUCUUUAAAUACCCUUCUACAAAAAAUUGUAAAUGAACCAAAUUAUUCUUCAACAUUAGUAGCAUCAAACGAAUAUGAAGAUAUUUUGCGUAACCUUUCUUCCAACUCACCAAAAAUAAAACCUUUGUCAUUGUUAAUUUUAACGAAAUUAUUUGAAAAUGCACAAAAAGAUAAAAAUUCUAUGGAAUUAUUUAAACAAACUAGUUCCAAAAUUAUUAUUAAAUGGUUAAAUUCAACUACAAAACAAGAAAAAUUAUAUGGAUAUGGUGCACUCGAAUCGAUUUUUCAAAUAUCUAGCGACAUUGGUUCUUUCAUUUUAUUAAAGGAAGGUAUUUUAGAAGAUAUAAUGGAUUGUAUCGAAUAUGAACAUGAGGACGUUCAAAGGGCUAUUACCGAAAUAAUAUCUGUAGCUUGUUCGCAAAAGGAUUGUAGAGCUUUAGUAGCAAUACAUUGUCAAAAAUAUUUAACAAGUUUAAUGACUAGCAACAAUCAAAAACUAAAAACUUUAUCAGCUGUUGCAUUAACAAAAAUUUUGUUGGAUGAAAAAGCCUCAGAACAACAAUCAAAUGGCAAUAAAAUUUCAGUAAUUGACGAAAAUGAGACGCUUUUAGCAGGUUUAUUUCAAAAUAUGGUUUUGGAUACUAAUUCGGAAACCACCACCCGUGUAAAUGCUAUUGAAGGAUUAGCUUAUUCUAGUUUAAAACCCGCUGUGAAAGAAACGAUCGCUUAUCAUCCAACGUUGUUAAAAGAAAUAUUUAAGCUUGUGCAAGACUCAGAAAAGACGGAUAAUGCAUUAUUUUAUGGUGUAGCA